GGGCUACCUGACGCAUGUGGAACGAAUGAGUUCGGAUGUUGCCAUCGGGCAUUCAUUUGUGAUUGGGUUGGUCCCCCUAUAUAAAGGGGACGCGCCCACUGCUCUGUUCUGUCUCCAUACACGCCAAGAUGAGCUACGGAUCUGAAGUAUUUUCCUCCUCCUCCUACCGGAAGAUUUUCGGGGAUUCUCCCCGUUAUGCGUCCUCUCCAUCGCGGACUGGGGUGAACGUGUCAUCACGGGGAGGUUACCGGUCCUCCUCUCUAUCCCGGAGCAACGUUCCAUCCCUGGGCUCGUACAGCAGAAAGUCCGGCCGCUCCUUCUCGUCCAUGCCACUGGAGACCUUCGACCUGACACAGAGCAGCGUCCUCAACAAUGAGUUCAAAAUCAUCCGCACCAAUGAGAAGGAACAAAUGCAGGGUCUUAAUGACCGCUUUGCAAUGUUCAUCGAUAAAGUGCGCAACUUGGAGCAGCACAACAAAGUGCUGGAGACGGAGCUGACCACCUUGCGCCAGCGGCAGACCGAGCCGUCCCGCUUGGCCGAGCUUUACCAACAAGAGAUCCGUGAACUGCGCUCCCAGCUGGAAGAGCUGAACGGGGAGAAGUCCCAGUUCAUGCUUGAGAGGGACAGUAUUGAAGACGAGCUGCAGAAGCUCAGGGGGAGAUACGAAGAGGAGUUCCGUGCCCGAGAGGAGGCGGAGGCCACCCUCAAGGCUUUUAAGAAAGAUGUGGAUGAUGCCACCAUGGUGCGCCUGGACCUGGAGAAGAAGGUGGAAUCUCUGCUGGACGAGAUCAACUUCCUCAGGAAGGUGCACGAGGAGGAGGUGGCCGAGCUGAUGGACAUGAUCCAGGCUGCCCAGGUGUCUGUGGAGAUGGAGGUGUCCAAGCCGGAUCUCACCUCUGCCCUCAAAGAGAUCCGAGGCCAGUACGAAUCUAUGGCGUCCAAGAACAUGCAGUCCGCCGAGGAGUGGUACAAGACCAAGUUCGCCGACUUGUCCGAGCAGGCCAACCGGAGCAAUGAGGCCAUCCGCGCCAGCAGGGAGGAAAUGAACGAGUUCAGGAGGCAGCUGCAGUCCAAGACCAUCGAGAUAGAGAGUCUGAGGGGAACCAACGAGUCUCUGGAAAAGCAGCUUCGGGAGAUGGAGGAUAGGCACAAUGCGGAGAUUGGAAACUACCAGGACAGCAUGGCAGAGCUGGAGAAUGAGCUGAGGACCACUAAGAGCGAGAUGGCUCGUCACCUGAGGGAGUACCAGGAUCUGCUGAAUGUCAAGAUGGCACUGGAUAUUGAAAUUGCAGCUUACAGGAAACUGCUGGAAGGGGAGGAGACCCGCAUCGGGACAGGGAUCACCUAUCCAUCUAUGAGCUCCGGUGUUGGGCAAGGCUACAACUACCAGGCCCGUAUGUACACCAGCUCCAGCAAGGGCUCCAAGAAGGAGAGCAAGGACGAGGACCAGGAGCAGCAGAGCAAGUCUGGAGCCAAGGUCUCCCAGCGUGAAGUUUAUGAGGAGACAGUGGUCACCACCAAGAAGAUGGAGAAGCAGCAAGACCCCAGCGAUAUUCCCACCAAUCAGAAAAACUAAGAGCCUACUGUAAGCCUGCUUUUGACCCUUGAAGCUUCUCGUGACCCUGCAAACCCAUUCCUCUCUUCAUUUCCCAUUGUAAAACAAACCCUCAUCCUUUAUACUUAAGCACUUGUGGGGAUCUAAGAUGAUAGCUCUGCUUUUUCUUAUUAUUAUAAGCAUAGUAAGAUUGUCAUGGUUUCUAUCUGAACUAGUCUGUGUUGGAUGUCCACAAGUGUGUAGAGUGCGGGAGCUAGAUGUUUGUUUUACGUGGGUUUGUUCUUCCUUUGUCCCCUUUAUCCCCCACAUGUGUUCCGCAAAGGAAAUCCAUUAUAACUCUACUGUAACCAUCACUCUAUUCAAAACCACAGUACAGUUGUUCUCUCUCUGUCUUUUUCACACACUCAACAGCAAACAAUAACAAGCACUAAGGUAGCAUCUCUUACGGAAGUAUGGUCUUAAAUAUAAUAUUCAACUGGUCUUUCACACUUUGGGCUAAUGUUAUAUCGAUAUGUGAUACUGAAACACAGUAGAUAAUAACUUUCUCAUAAUCAUCAUUCCCUUCUACCACAAGCUGUGAGAUAAUCUCCACAUUACAAUGGAAGCAUGUGUGUGUGCGAGUUUUACUGUGCACAUUUAAAGGACAAAAGAUUCAAAACACAUCAGCUGGUGUCGGUUAUUCUGUCUGCAUCCACUUAAACAAUACAAAUACAGUUAUUCCUGACAUAAUAACGGCAGAUUAGUAAGGAAGCACAAAGUCUACGGUUAUAGGAAACCAGCCAAAAUAAACAAUAAUAUAUGACUGUGUCUUGCUGAGCCAUUAUUGUGAGUCUCUUUACUAAAAAUGGAGUUCAUAAGCAAAAUGUCUGCUUAAAUCUCUUCCUGCACAAUUUCUUUGAUCACAGUCGGUGCUUUCCGGUGAAGUUUCAUUCUCAAAAGUGGAUUGCUGUAGCUAUUUAAAUGGGAUUCGAAGCAAACAAGAAAACAAAUGUAUUAAUCGCAUAGAUUUUGCAUGGUGUAUGUAGAUGUCAUGCUUGCAUGGAAUCCAUUAGCCCAUUGCUCAUUCAGCACGAUUCCGUUGGUCGGGGUUAAAAGGUCGGCUCAUACCUUCCUUUUCACCAUCUACCUUGUUGAGCAUCAUCACGCACAACACUCAUUAAUAACUGUAAUAGACAUGUUCAGUUAACAUGCUGUUACAGGCAGUUACAGGCUAACAAGCUGUAUGCUAGAUCUGAGACUAUUAUGUAGGCUAUAGAUCUCUGCUGUUGAUGCUAUGAAGAUGAAAAGGAAAGAUCCUCUUUAAGGCACUUAUAUAGGAAUGUCAAAACUACCUAAUUUGGUAAUGAUGAACAGUUUGAUACAGGGAAAAGGAAAAGUUAUACAAAGUUGCUGUAAAAGGGGCAAAAUGCAGCUAAUAUGAUAAGAAAGAGGAAAUAUUUUUUUCCCCUGAUACAGUCCAGUCAAUUAGAGACUGAAUUGUAAAUUACGCUUUAGCACAAAUGUAUAAGAUUCUGUAUGAUCCAUCCAUUUAACACCGUUUCCCAUGUGCCAUUGAUGAUGAUUGGAGCACAUUUGCGCCCCAGAAACCAUAUCAUGUCACUAAGCCAGAGGAAAACCAUGCCAUCAACACUCAAAAGUACAUCACACAUUCAGUCAGAAGCUGCCAGACCACGCUGUGUUUAAAACAACUUGACCUCUCUAUUUCUAACUGUGGCCAUGACUGGAGAAAAUGUCUGUUGUAGUAUGACCUCACUGCUAGAAAUCCUUCGGUAUGACAGACUUAUAGCUUGUCUUUCUGCUUGUGCACCGCCAACAUUAACACAGCUAUCUUAUUCCGCUGCUGCUGCUGGUCAUGGCGAUCGAUGCCCUGACAAACUGCACUCACAAUGAAAACAAAAAAACAACGACUGGCUGUAUGGCAGACUGUUCUGGAUUGGGUUCCUGUUGUUUUACUUGAGGCUUGUAAUAAGUAUCUUAGUACUGUAGCGAGUGUGUUUGUAUCUCUACACAGUGGCCUAUCAUAACUGGAAGUAUUUUGGGGGGCAGCAAAUCUGAAAGUUGGGCAUUUUGUCUAAUGAAUUACUGAAUUCCAAUGUAAAAGCAGAGGGAAAAUCUCAGAUGUACAAGAACUUAGAAAUAUAAGCAGCAUUUUAUAGUAUACAGCUAUAACAAUGGAUGAAUGGUUCAUGGUUGCAAAUUUCAAGCCUUUAUCUUUACACUGUAAACCAAGAGUUUUCAUUGGUGUCUGAAGAAAAAAUGUCACUACUACUUCUACAGCACUGCCAAACUUUUCUAAGUGCACACGCAACACCACUUCAUGGGGAAAACAUCAAGUAUUUUCUGACAAUAAAGUACAUCACCAAUCCAAAAGCAACAAUCAAGAUUUACCCAUAGAGCAAAUACUGUAGGAUGUAAAAUGCCUUAAAACACCAGCAACUUUUUUCUGGCCAUGUGUGUGAUGUGUAUGAUUCUGUUUAGUUGUGUGUUUAAUCAUUAUCAUGUAUUUAUUAGCGUUUAUUAGAGCUACCGUGACUAUAAAAGCAUAGGGAUUGAAUGUAGCUGACAUGCUAUUCUCUUUACUGUUAUUACUACUUAUGCAUUGCUGUAUGACACCAUAUCAAUAAAGACUUGACAUUAUUGAGGCUGCA